AUGACGAGCCACACAGUUUAUUCAAGGGUUCCUGCAGGGGCUAUAUGUGUUAACAAUCCAAUCAAAGUACUUGGGAUUUUCGUUUUGUUCUUCAUGGCCUUAUUUGCAUUGCUUUCAGCAUUCAAGGGCGUCCCGUCUUCUUAUAGUUUAUGGAGUCUUGAUUCUACAAGUACUUCUCAGAAUGACGAUGCUUUGGGAGUCAAUUCUUCCCAGAGCGUUGAGGUACCGAAGGAUAAGCUUCUUGCUGGCCUGCUGCCUGAAGGAUUAGAUGAAAACUCAUGUCUAAGUAGGUAUCAAUUAGUCAUGUAUCAAAAACAUCAAAUGCGCCGGCCUUCUUCCCAUCUCAUCCACAGGUUAAGAAAAUAUGAAUCCCUGCAUAAAAAAUGUGGACCAUUUACAGAAUCCUACAACAGAACCUUGGAAUAUAUGAAGUUAGGCAAAUACACCAAUUCCACAGAUUGUAAGUACGUUGUGUGGACUGCAAUUCAUGGUUUAGGAAACAGAUUACUUACUCUGGCAUCUGCUUUUCUUUAUGCUCUCCUCACAAACAGAGUCUUACUCAUUGAUCCUGGAGCUAAGAUUGCUGAUCUUUUGUGCGAACCAUUUCCUGAGGUUUCCUGGUCACUUCCCUCUAAUUUCCCUGUAACAUCUCGUCAGUUCAAUGCCUUCCGUAAGAACUCUCCUCAGAGCUAUGGGAAUAUGCUGAAAAACAACAUUCUUGGUAAUUCAACUUCAACCCUUCCACCCUAUGUGUAUCUCAAUCUAGUUGGCGGCUAUAAUGAUUAUGACCAGCUUUUCUUUUGUGAUGAGCACCAAUCUAUUCUGCAGAAAGUAACUUGGCUGAUUAUAAAAUCAGAUAUCUAUUUUGUCCCAUCUCUUUUUCUGAUCCCAUCGUUUGAGCAACAAUUAAGUAAUCUCUUUCCUGAGAAAGAAUUGGUUUUCCAUUACUUGGGUCGAUAUCUCUUCCAUCCAACCAACUCUGUUUGGGGGCUCAUCACCAGAAAUUAUGAUACUUAUUUAGCCAGAGCAGAUGAAAGGAUAGGCAUCCAGAUAAGAAUCUUUGACUGGCGCAAUCAUGGCCCUUACGUAUUAGAUCAGAUUUUGGCUUGUGUACGAAAGGAGCAUCUUCUACCACGAAUCAAUCAAAGCAAAUCCAUAUUCAUUCCCUCUGACGAUCAAAAACCCAAGACUAAAGCUGUGCUGAUGACAUCUUUAACCUCUUGGUACUCCGAACAAAUAAGAAACAUGUACUUGCAACAUCCAACAGUCACAGGAGAAGUGAUUCAAGUACACCAGCCAAGUCAAGAAAAAUAUCAACAAACUGGGAAGCAGAUGCACGACAGGAAAGCCUUAGCAGAAAUAUAUCUAUUGAGCUUCUCUGAUAAGUUGGUUACAAGUGCUUGUUCGACUUUCGGUUAUGUAGCUCAGAGUCUUGGAGGUCUGAAGCCAUGGAUUCUUUAUAGGCCUGAAAAGCUUAAGGCCCCAGAUCCACCGUGUCAGCGUGCUGUGUCAUUGGAACCUUGUUUCCACUCCCCUCCAUCUUACGAUUGCAAAAGGAAGAAAGGCAUUGACACAGGAAAACUUGUUCCACAUGUCCAGCAUUGUGAAGAUAGGAAGAAGGGCAUAAAACUUGUUGAUAGAAAUGAAGACUUGUGA